AUGGGCAUAUGCAUCUCGGCCGAAGAGCGAGCGGAGAAAAAUCACAGCCAAUCAAUCGAUCGCAUGAUUGAAGAAGAUGGCCGAAAACUGAAACGAGAAUGCAAGAUCUUACUGCUCGGUAGCGGUGAAUCCGGCAAAUCCACGAUUGUGAAACAGAUGAAAAUCAUUCACCAGAACGGCUAUACGAAAGAAGAGCUGUUUACUUGGCGAGCCACUGUCUACAAAAACCUGAUCGAGUCGGCCCAAGCCUUAGCCGCAGCCAUCGAGAAACUCGGAUUUGAAUACACGAAUGAAAAAAACAAUUACCAUGCUCAAUACAUUAUGGAAUACCACUUAGGAGACACCAAUAAACCAUUUCUCGAAGAAAAUAUCAUCAGUGCUAUCGAAAACCUCUGGCGAGAUGGUGUCAUUGCUCAAUUACUGGACAAAGGAGGCAGUGAAUUUUAUCUGAUGGACUCAGCACCUUACUUUUUCCAUCACGUUCGACGGAUAGGUGAACCCGAUUACGUGCCGGACGUUCACGAUGUUUUACGGGCGCGAUCGAAAACCACCGGUAUUAUGGAGACUCGAUUCACCAUGGGACAGCUUAGCGUACACAUGUUUGACGUCGGUGGUCAGCGGUCUGAACGGAAAAAGUGGAUCCAUUGUUUUGAAGCGGUCACGUCCAUCAUUUUCUGCGUAUCCUUGAGCGAGUAUGACCAAGUGUUAUUAGAAGAAUCACGACAGAAUCGAAUGAUGGAGAGUCUGGUGCUUUUUGAAUCAGUGAUCAACAGUCGCUGGUUUCUUCGCACGUCCAUUAUUCUGUUCCUCAAUAAAGUCGACGUAUUCACCACCAAGCUCGCCAAAAUUCCUUUUGAACGUUACUUUCCCGACUAUGGAGGCGGUCAAGAUGUGAAAAAAGCGGCCAAAUACAUCCUGUGGAGAUUCGGCCAAACGAACCGUGCGAAACUAAACAUCUACCCUCACUUAACUCAAGCAACAGAUACGUCCAAUAUUCGACUUGUUUUUACAGCCAUUAAAGAGACCAUAUUACAAAAUGCUUUGAAGGAUUCCGGCAUUUUGUGA